AUGCGGCCGCGGAGGCGGCUGUGGAUGACUGGGGUAAGGCCACGAGACACAUUUUCACUCGCAGCGCCGUUGCUUCAGGUAGACCGUAACUCGUGCUGGCUUUCUCGUGCCGCGGCAAAGAUGCAGGCCUUCGUGGCACUUCCUAGUACAAGCAGGGGUUUACGAGCGGGACCUGCACCUGGCUUGCUCACCUCAUGCUCCCGCCGGAAUCCGGGCCGCCGGCGUGUCUUCGUUUCAUUACGUGCUUCCGACUAUGAUCACGACUACAGCGCCCCGACAAGCACGGCACCUCUUUCUACGCAGCCGGGGCGCACGGCGGCAUCCGUCAAUCAUCGGCAGAGGCGAAGCGGACCGGCAGUUCCGCUUUUGUACGACCGAAGAAGACGCCCCAAUGCGCUCAUUUCUGAAACGUCGCGGUACCUGGUCGACUCCGCGUAUGAUGCUGUUCGCUGGUAUCCAUGGGGACAGCAAGCCUUUGAUGCCGCCCGCGCUGCACACAAGCCCAUUUUGCUGUCGUCGGGGUUUCUCUCAUGUCAUAUGUGUGACGUUAUGUCUGAACACUUUCGGGAUCCCGCACUGGCAGCUUUACUCAACAAACGUUUCAUUUGCAUAAAAGUUGACCGAGAGGAACGCCCAGAUGUCGACUCUGUGUAUAAUUCAUUCGUCCAGGCGGUGACGGGCCGGACUGGCUGGCCACUAACAUGUUUUCUGACUCCGGAAUUGGUCCCCUUUGUUGGGGCGACAUAUCUUCCGAAGGACAGAUUAAGUAGCGCCGUUGAGUCAAUUGCUGAUCGAUGGGAGAAUAAUCGUGCGAAGGUCGAGGCAGAUGGCGUCAAGGUGCUCGGCGCAUUGCGUGACCUCUUUGAGCAGGGUAGUCAUGACCCUUCGGUAAAGAUAGGACCUGAGAUGUUGAGAAAGGCAUUCCACACCGCGGAUACAUGCUUUGAUGUUGCGCAUGGCGGUUUUGGUUCCGCUCCGAAAUUCCCUCGUCCCUCUGUGUUCGACUUUUUGUUUAGUAUGCAUCUAUCCGGAGGGCUUGAUGAGAGGUUGCGCGCAGAAUCUCUUGACAUGGUUUUGGAUAGCUUGCGUGAAAUGGCAGCGGGAGGAAUCCACGACCACAUCGGCGGCGGUUUCUUUCGGUACGCACUGGAUGCGGCAUGGCAGGUCCCCCAUUUUGAGAAGAUCUUGAGCGACCAGGCACAGUUGGCAUCGUGUUACCUCAAUGCAUAUCUCAUUACCAAGGACAGUGCAUUUCGACAUGUAACAUGCAAGACAUUAGAUUUUGUGAUGGCGGAGAUGCGAGACCCAAGCAACGGUUCAUUUUACAGCGCUAUUCACGCGGAUUCCGAGUCACAGUUCGACGUGAAUAAUGCGGCAGCAGAAGGAGCCUACUACACUUUUAGCUCUUUCGAACUAAUGCUAAUGCUGGGUGAGCCGGCAUCCACUAUCUUCAACAUGCGCUAUGGCAUCGAGCCGGCGGGAAACGUGUCCGAUUCUGCUGUGGCUAAGGCAGAGCUCGGUAGUUUAGAGGGUCUCAAUGUGUUGAGAAUCUCAGCAUCUGUUCCCGAAAUAUCUUCGAGCCUUGGGUUGCCUGAGAAGGAGGUGCGCCACAUUCUUCAAACGGCGACGAGAAAAGUAUUUGAAGAACGCUCAAGGCGCCCCCGCCCACCAACGGAUGACCUUGCCAUUACGUGUUGGAAUGCGCUUGCAAUCACUGCGCUUGCUAGAGCAGGGGCGGCUCUGGAUAGGCAGGAUUAUGUGGAUGCCGCCAUCACGGCUGCUAAUGUUAUUAUGACUCGCAUGGUUGUGCGACAGGACAGAAAGACUGAUUCUAUUUAUCUUGCACGCGCCUUUCGUGGAAAUCGAGGACGUGUUGGGGCGUUUGCGGAAGAUUACGCCUACGCCGUUCAAGCCUUCAUCGACAUAUACGAGGUGACGGGAGAAACCAAGUAUCUCGUUUUUGCGAGGCAGUUGCAAAAUGCACUUGAUCUCGAAUUUUGGGAGGACGGAGGAUACACUACCGCAAAGAAGACUGACAAAUACAUCUUGCUGAGACGCAAAGAGGACUAUGAUGGCGCAGAGCCAUCGUCAUCCAGCGUUGCUGCUCUCAAUUUAGUACGCCUGUCAUCUCUCUUGGGCGACGAAGCGCUUCUCGAUCGUGCGAACGAUAUUGCAAGCUCUUUUUCUAGAGUGCUGGAUUCAUCGCCACUCGCGAUGCCUAUGUUACUAGUGACUGUUCAAGCGCUUGCGGCGGAAUCCAAAAGAGUGGUCGUAGUUGGGGACAAUGACCAGGCAUCCAAUAUGUUGUCUGCCUACUGGUCUCGAGGACUUCCUCUCAAGGCCGGCAGAGAAUAG